AGCGCAUGAUCGGCUGCGGCGCAGGCGCGGGCUUGACAGCGGAGAAACAUGGCGGCCCCGACGCUUACUGCGAGGUUGUAUUCCCUGCUGUUCCGCAGGACCUCCACCUUCGCUCUCACGAUCGCCGUGGGCGCCUUAUUCUUCGAGCGCGCCUUCGAUCAAGGCGCGGACGCGAUCUACGAACACAUCAACCAGGGGGUGAGGGACUGGGCCAUCCCUGACCUUGGGCCUGCCUGAGGGGUGACAGUGGGAGUGGAGAAGCUGUGGAAACACAUCAAGCACAAGUAUGAGAAUAAGGAAUAGUUCCUCAGAGACCCCACCCCAAGCUGAAAGGACCAGGUCCACCCAGAACCAGGGCGUCAGCUGAAGAUGAUGCUCAGAUUACUCAUCAUUGACCACCUGUAGCUGUUGGCAAGAAGUGGCUUCACCUGACAGACUCUUUAACUUCUGCUGUGUUUGAAGUCUGUUUAGUCAGAGUCAUCAGCAAAUAAAUGGAAAUUGUCCUCAA